CGGGUGGCUAGGCGGGGGUCGGAGUGGGGCGACGCACGUCCCUGGCCCUGCCUGGCCGCAAGGGGCAGGGCGGCGGUCGCUCGGGGCGGCCCGGCUGAGGGAGGCAGUAGCUGCAUUUGGGAGCCCGGGGCCGAAGCCGGGAGCCCGGGCGGUGCCAUAGCGGGCCGGGAAGGACUGGGAGUCCCCCGGCCGGUCGGAGCGGCGUCAGGCCCUGGUGGGAGACGCACCUGGCCUGGAGGAGCAGGCCCCGCCUGGGAGGCGAAAGAGCGGAGGGACCAGCGUCUCCCGCCACUCGAGGCCCAGAGGAGCCGGGCGGGGGCAUUUUUUUAGAAACGCAGGCAGCCGAGGACCGACGCGUUCCCCAUAGCCGGCGGGAGGGGCGGGGGCGUCGCACGGAGGUGCCUGCCUCCCUUGGUGGCCAGGCCGUCUGCUUUCGUGUCCUCCCGUGACAGGUGCUCGGUUGGUCUGUCCUGUCAGAGCGAGGUAUGACCGUUGAGAUCUAAGAAUGAGACCGAGGGUUGGUGUCUGGGACUUUUCAGGAAGCGGUUCCUUAAGAACUUAUUUGUAUGUGGAAAAGUCGGCAAAAACGAGGGCCCUGGGGCAGAGUGUCCUCCCCAGACCCCUUCCCUGACUUGUCACUCAAGGCUGUGACCUUGGGCCAGGCCUAGGCCUUCAUUUUCUAAUCUGUCACAGAGAGAUGGCUGCGAUGUAGUUUUGAGGAUGCUGCAGUCAGCAGCAGGGCUGGCACCCUGUGUCCCAGGUACCUUGUGGCCUCGGGUGUGUUCGCGCGCAUCUCUGCAGCUUGGGUGCUGCUUAGGCAGCUUUCUUUGCCUUGUCUGAGCAAUCUGUAGCCUUGCACCUUCGGAAUCCCACAUAAGACUUAUUCUUUCCACAGUGGCUCUCCAGGGAAGAGGGAGAGGUUUUAGGCCACUGGUAAGAGCCACCAAAGGUGAGGGUUGCUUUCUUUCAGGGGUCUCCGUGUUUGGUGACACUCUGGAGAAUAGUUUUUUUUGCGGGGAGGCUUAUAUUGAAGGCUUGGAUUUCAUAGGCCACAUCAUCUGGACUCAGUGUUCCCUGGGUCUCGGUCUUUUCAACCUGCCCUGCUGCUUAUGAAGCUGCAUCUGUUCUUCCAGCUCUUUGUUGUUUUGUGGAGUCCCAGGGUAGCCCUGGAGAGCCUCUGUGAGGAGAGGGGAGGGAAACGUGAUUUGGUGGCUUGACCCCUUGGAGUGUCCCAUCAACGUUAAUGCUGAUGAAGGUUGGUGGGGAGAGGCCUGGACUUUACUCAGGGUUUGUGAAGCAGCUUCGUAAUUUGGGAGGCCUGAAGUACCCAUGGGGGGCCCUGCAAGGCAACAGGCAUCUGUCAAAAGCACACCCGAGCAAGCGAGUUGUCGACGACGUCACACUGCCUGACGCUUGGUUUCCCUAAAGAGUCCUGUGCCUCUGGAGGGCUGGGGCUGAGUUGUGACCUUGUCUGCCAGUUCACUGCACCUAGCCCAGCGCUAGGCAUCUAAUAGGUGCUUGUGUGUGCCGUGGCCUCUGCUAACUUCUGACUUUGUUUCAGGCACUAUGCUAGGCCUUCCUACCACCUGUGUGUGGCUUGGUAGUGGCCUAGGGUCUCUCCUCCCUGCUGAAGUCCCUCUCCUGCAGGUGGCCGUCUGCCCGGCCCAGCACCAUGCACACGCUUGUGUUCUUGAGCACGCGGCAGGUGCUGCAGUGCCAGCCAGCUGCCUGCCAGGCCCUGCCCCUGCUGCCACGCGAACUCUUCCCCCUGCUGUUCAAGGUGGCCUUCAUGGACAAGAAGACAGUGGUAUUGCGCGAGUUGGUACACACAUGGCCCUUCCCGCUGCUCAGUUUCCAGCAGCUGCUACAGGAGUGUGCCCACUGCAGCCGUGCCCUCCUGCAGGAGCGGCCUAGCACUGAGAGCAUGCAGGCCGUUAUCCUGGGGCUGACUGCCCGGCUCCACACCCCAGAGCCUGGGGCCAGCACACAGCCCCUCUGCAGGAAGCAUGCGCUGCGGGUGCUGGACAUGACAGGCCUCUUGGAUGAUGGUGUGGAACAGGAUCCUGGCACCAUGAGCAUGUGGGACUGUACUGCUGCCGUAGCUCGCACAUGCAUCGCCCAGCAGCAGGGGGGUGCCACAGAGCCUGGGCCAGCCCCUGUCCCCGUGGAGGUGCGUGUGGACCUGCGGGUGAACCGGGCCUCCUAUGCAUUCCUGCGGGAGGCACUCCGAAGCAGCGUGGGCAGCCCACUGCGGCUCUGCUGCCGGGACCUGCGAGCUGAGGACCUGCCCAUGCGCAACACUGUGGCCCUGCUGCAGCUUCUGGAUGCAGGCUGCUUGCGCCGGGUGGACCUGCGCUUCAACAACCUGGGCCUGCGUGGUCUGUCUGUAAUCAUCCCACACGUGGCUCGCUUCCAGCACCUGGCCAGCCUGCGGCUCCACUAUGUGCAUGGGGAUUCGAGGCAGCCUUCCGUGGAUGGCGAGGACAACUUUCGCUACUUCCUUGCCCAGAUGGGCCGCUUCACCUGUCUGCGCGAGCUCAGCAUGGGCUCCUCUCUCCUUUCAGGGAGGCUGGACCAGCUGCUCAGCACCCUGCAGAGCCCCCUGGAGAGCCUGGAGUUGGCCUUCUGUGCUCUCUUGCCUGAGGACCUGCGCUUCCUGGCACGGAGCCCCCAUGCUGCCCACCUCAAGAAGUUGGACCUGAGUGGUAACGACCUGUCUGGCAGCCAGCUGGCACCCUUCCAGGGUCUGCUGCAGGCAUCAGCAGCCACACUGCUGCAUCUGGAGCUGACUGAGUGCCAGCUUGCAGACACCCAGCUGUUGGCCACACUUCCCAUCCUGACUCAGUGUGCCAGUCUCCGGUACCUUGGCCUUUAUGGCAACCCACUGUCCAUGGCGGGCCUCAAGGAGCUGUUGCGGGACUCAGCGGCGCAGGCUGAGCUGCGUACUGUGGUGCACCCCUUCCCUGUGGACUGCUAUGAGGGCUUGCCCUGGCCGCCGCCUGCCUCUGUCCUGCUGGAGGCCUCCAUCAAUGAGGAGAAGUUUGCCCGCGUAGAAGCAGAGUUGCAUCAGCUGCUUCUAGCCUCAGGCCGUGCCCAUGUGCUCUGGACCACGGACAUCUACGGGCGACUGGCUGCAGACUACUUCAGCCUAUGAUGAAGUAGCUCUGGGUGGGACACAGGCCGCCCUGCAGUCUCUCUAGGUAGGCAGGGCCUUUGCUGGACCCUGGUGGAGGCCUGUCACAAAAGCACUGGUUUCUGGUUUCCUGCUGGGUCCGCCUUCUGGGCACACCUCCAGCCUCCCCUGCUUUCUGCAGUGCCCCACGCGGUUUUCCCUGCACUUGCUCCAUGAUUGGCUGACCGUCUGUGGGCCCCAGGGCUGGAUGUCAAGCCUCCAUUGCCCUGCUCAGUUUGGCUGCAUUUGGCUGCCUUGUGGGGUCCUGGUCCUUUGUGCAAAUGCUUUGGGAUCCCACUUGUGAGUUGAGAGAGAUGAUGGCCUCUCUGAACCUUUCCCAUCCCGUUACUGAGAGCUCAGUGCUCUGGGGUUGAAGUUGGACAGAGGCUGCUUCAGGGAGGCUGGGGUCCCCAGGCACUCGUGCCUCUUACGUGUUCCCUGCCCUGCUACCCAGCCACCCCACUGGGCUGGGCUCGGGCUGGAGGAGGUCAUCAAGGUACAAAUGUGCCUGGAAAUUGAAUUUAUGGCUGUUUUUUUUCCUGUCCACAUUGGUCGGCCUUAUCCUUAUCUCUGCUGUCACCACCCCCAACAUGGCCACUGGGCAACAACUGCCAUCCAGCCUGCCCGCAGGGCGGCCCCUUCUGCACUGCCGGCCAGUCUUUGCUCUUCCCACCUUUCGGAGUCCCAAGAUCCUACUGUGGCCGGCCAGGGCCAGCGAGGGACCCCCCCUGCAGAGCUGGAGGUUGGGGUGAUGUCUUUUCGGAAGAACUUCAAGGGAGGUGUUGGGGCCUCCCUGGCCACCUUCCAUUGCUACCCCAGGAUUCCCGAGUGUAACGCUCCCGGUGCGCGUCCCACACACGACUCACCGCACACUGCGCGGCUUCCACCUUUACUGACGGAGCCUGUGCGAGGCCGCGCCGGCCAAUCCCCGGCGCCCACGUCAUCUGCCCGCGCCCGCGGCCCUAGCAGUGGAUCUCGUAGGCGACCGGCGGGGGCACGCGGAGUCCCGGCCCCGUCCCCUCUGUUGGUCCGCAGUCCGCGGGCGCCUCCGCCAUACCCUCGGCGAAGAGCGGCUUGGAGCGGUUGAUGACGAACAUCUCGUGUCCGCACUCAUCGCGGAGCUCCUCUAGCUGUGCGAACGUGCAGGGGCCGUCCGAGUAGUCGUUGACGAACAGCGCUCCCUCCCCCGGCGGCCCCCGCGCCUUUUUUCGCCUGCGGCGCCGGCGACAGAUCAUGGCGACCAGGAGCAGCGCCGUGAGCGCCAGCAGCGCGAUGGCCGCCGCAAUGGCCGUCUGCGUGGCCAGGCCCAGGGCGCGGAAGGCCAUGCUUCCCGCCUCGGGCCGGGGCUCGCGACCAGCGGGGCGGGCGGCCGGAGGCGGCGGUUGCGCGGGCUGCUGCGGCUGCUGCCGGGACGCGUUGACCAGGAGCCGGAAGGGCACGCGGGCAGCGCCACCAGCGUUGGAGGCCUCGCACUCGUACUUGCCGGCAUGGGCCAGCGUGAUGUUGGUGAGGAAGAGCAUGCCGCUGCCCGUGUCGGAUGCCGAGUGUCCGCCCAGGCCCGGCGCCCCGCCUUCUAGCUGGGCCUGGGCUCGCGGCCGGCCCUCGCGAGGCUGGAGCACCUUUCUCCAGGUCACCAAUGGCUGCGGGUAGCCGGAGGCUUGGCAGGCAACCCGAAGGUCCUCACCCAGGUUGGCUGUGAGCUCCAGCGGCUGCACGUGGACAGAGGGCGGAAUACAGAUGAGGCUGCUGUGGGAUAUAUCCAGGAGACUCUGGAGCGCCAGGCGCGGGGGCUCUGCACACAUGAUCUUCCUGUCCCUGGAGGUGAGCAGCCGCUGGCCGCCCUCCUUGAUCCAGGCACCCAGCCAGUGCAGGGCGCAGUCACAGCGCCAUGGGUUCUCUGUGGGAGAGCAGCAUCAGGCAGGUGGUUUGAGGAUGGUGCUACAACACAGCCUGUGCGGUUGGGGUUCUGCGGGCCAGGGCAGGGGCCUCUUUCCCACCUACCACAGCCUUUUCACACGGUGUCCAAGGCCCCUGCCACCCCUUCCUUCACCCCAAGCUCCUUGGGGCGGCGGCAGCCCUUCACCCCCGCCCCGCCCCCCUCCGCUUUAGCUCUGUGAUGCCUGCAUGUUACAGAUCACUUCUGCGUCAGUCUCUGAGAAAGCACCUGCUCCUCAAAUCUUCCUGCAACAAGUGCCACUGUUUUUAGGAACCUGGGCGUCCACAUAGGCAUCUCACCAGCACUGAAACCUUACAAAUCCUCUCAGCCUUGUCUUUGGAUGCUCUCUUGGGAAUGUCCCCAGUCCUGAUCAGCUGUUUCUCUCCUUUGCCAUUUUUGCCUCCCCUCUGAGGGCCUAAAAGUGUACAGAAUCCUCAACUCUGUUAAGUCACCCUGUGUGGUUCCUGUCUUUUCUUCCUCAGGCAGGGUGCCUGAGCUGUAUCCCCCAGCACGCCCAUUCCCGCAGCCCUCCACUGUGGCUGCAGGCAGUGGUGCGGCCCUCCAGACUGCUGCCCGGUUGCCUGCUGUCAAAGCCCCUCCACACAUGAGCCUGUUCCCUACUGCCACUACCUGGCCAAGACAGAGACACUUUCCGAGGAAGAAGUACCUGUGAGGCGCAGGACUUGCAGACUGGCCAGGGGCUGCAGCGCCUCUCGACUGAUGGUACCCAGCUGGUUCCUGCUGAGGUCCAGCAGUGCUAGGGAGGACAGCCCCGCUAGAGCCUGGUCCUCCAGCAGCUCAAUGCUGUUUUCUUGCAGGUGAAGCUCCUGCAGUCGCUGAAGUAGGGACAGCAGAUCGUGAGGAAAAAGGGCGCCGAGGUUGGGGGCAUGCCCCCCUUCUUACUAAGCUACACUACGUUGCCUUUUCUAACGACUCCAGCCCUACCGGGCGAGCGACCAUAAUGGAGUAUCCCGCCCCUUCAGACCCCAGGCGCUCACCGGCAGGUGCAAGAAGGUGAAAUCCAGCAGCCGCGCCAGCUGGUUGCCCGCCAGGUAGAGCACGCGCAGCUGGGCCAGGCCUGCGAAGGCGCUGCUGCGCAAGGCGCGCAGCCGGUUGCUGGUGAGCGCCAGCUCCAGCAGGCGCGGCUGCGCUCGGAAGGCGCCGGCCUCCAGGGCGCGCAGGCUGUUGUUGUGCAGGUAGAGCCGCCGCAGAGCGGCCAGCGGCGCCAGGGCUCCUGGCUCCAGGCGCGCGAUGUUGUUGUCCUGCAGGAACAGUGUCUGCAGGCCGGGGAAAGGGGAGGCGCUUACCCCGCUGCGGGGGUCUUCUCCCUGGGGGCACCCUGUCCUCCCGCAGCUCCACACGGUGCCCACCUGCGUCCCUGGCGGGAUUCCCAGCGGGACGACACGCAACCGCAGAGCGCCGCACUCCACUGUGGCGCUGUAGCAGCGGCAGGCUGCUGGGCAGCCGGCGGUGCGGGGCGGCAGUAGUAGUAGUAGCAGCAGCAGCAGCAGCAGCAGCAGCAGCGCGGGGGCCCCCGGGGCCAUCUCCCAAGGCCCAGCUCCUCACCGGCCCUUACGCGGUUCAGCCGCGGAUGCGUGCCCUCCUGAAACAUAGGUUGGCAGGCCAGUCUCGGCAGUCGAGAGCCAGCCAAUAGAUGGAAUGGAGGCCUGCACCUGCGUCUAACUUUUGACGCUACAAAUCGGCUCAAGAAACUAAUAAAACGUUCGGUUUUC